CAAAGGAUUACAAUUUUGAAUAAGAUUUUGUUUUUGUAAGAAAAAUCUCGAUGAUUUUGACAAGACGUUAGCCGACGAUGGCAUGGUUUCAGAAUAAUGGCGUAAAAGAAAUAAACAAAUUAGAAUUGUAGAAGAAAUACAACAUGGUGAAAUCAAAUAUUCCUGCAACACUUUUUGGUGUACUUAGCUUGUUGUUGAUGAGUAGGAAUGGUUUAGCAACGGUACCUUACUACAACAAAUAUAUAGUUCCAAUUUUGUCCCCAAACUAUACCGUGCUUUCUCUGAAUGACGUCGUACGCAAUAUGUUUGCUAUUGAUUCGAUUACCUCGCAUAGAUUAACAAAGUUUGUGUUCAAAGAUGGAAAGUUACCUUCUUUGGAAGUUGCUGUAGGAGACAGCUCCAUCUUCCUGCAUUGUAAUACCAACUCCAUUUCUGCUGGAAGUGUUUCGUUGCAUUAUUUUUGCGUUGAUCAAAAAACUUGGGAAAUCAAGACUACAGCUAAGUAUAAACCAAUGGUGGAUCGUGAGGAGAAGAUAGAUCUUUCGUUUGAGGUAGUAAGCACCAAAGGUGUAACGAAAAAUUAUAUUGUUAAAAUUACUAUACAGAAGAAAUGUGUCGCACAAAAAAACGUGUAUAAAGAACUAAACCAAUGUAAACCGACUCUAAAGUCAUUACAAAUGUCAAAUAACGGGGAGUUUCUUUUGCCGGCAACUGAUCAAAAUAUGUCUAUAAGAAUAGACAGUGUCACGCUGAAUAAAUUCAUAGACUUUCAAGGUAAUCUGGAAAUAUUCGACAAUUCGAACAAACUUAUAGUGAAUCAAUCUGUUCAUGUGAAAAGUGCAGCGGAGGCUUUUAUUCUGGAAACAGCGGUCAAAAAAAAGUCAACUUCGUUUCUCGUAAAACUUUUUGACAAAGAAGCAAAUAGGUACAUAAAAUUAACAGAUAGGUUUAUUAUUAUCAAAUAUUUUCGAAUGAAAGAGUUUUGUGGUAACCGCAGAUGUAUGGAAAAUUUUAAUUACUGGAGAUGGAUUGUCAGUAAUAUUCCAACACGAGAAAAGUCAUGUGUCUCUGAUGAAAACAGAUUGGAGAACCUUUAUAAUUCCUGUUAUUCCGCAUUUACACCGGUGAUUGAACACUCUGGAGAGCCGUAUAAAUUCCGUGAAACAUUAGACAUGAAGUGCAAAUUCGACACCUUGCUUCCAUUUAAAGUCACGUGGUAUAAAGUACGUAAUCACGUGCAGCAGAUAGUUGGUACCGACAAUGUAAAUUACAACAUCCCCAGUUUGAGUUUUGAAGAUAUUGGAUCUUAUCGUUGUAGCGUGAUUACGGUAUUAAACAAACGCACGCAAACAUCGAAUUUUUUUACUGUUAAUCUGGAGAAUGUGUUCACUGGAGAGCUGCAUGCGAAUCUAAAAAAUGAGAUAUACGAUGCUGCAUACAAAGAUAUAAAAUCAAGUGUAUAUAGCAACAAGGCUAACUACCUUGAAAAAGAAAUUGCAUCACUACUGGACAACGGUGUCGUACCAAACGGAGCCACUUUUAAUAUCCAAUCUUUCAGCAAUGAAUCGAACUUUCUUGGAAUCAAAGGCGUUCUUAGCGCAUACAAAACUUUUCCGUCGCUGUCUAACUUGGAAUGGGUUUUGCGUACUAUAAAAAUAUUAAAAGUAUCUCAUCUUUCAUUCGCAGCCGACAGCGUAAAGUUGUUAACAAGAGACACCUGUGGUGGCGAAACAGAUAAAGGAAGCGACAGUGUCCACGCUUACGUGUGGCCAGCGACAAAUAAUGGCGAAACAGCGUAUUUACCUUGCCCUGGCAAUAAUAAUAAAAACAUUUCGAAAAAGUGCUUGCGAGAGCUAGAAUCUGGUUAUGCAGUUUGGCAACCACUUGAUGACAGUGAAUGUGUUUACAGUACGAACCCUUUAACAUCUACCUUAGAAGCUUUAGCAAGGGUUUCACUAUCACCAGAUAACGUAGUUAGAAUCUCCAGCGAGCUAAAAGAAACGUCGUCAACAGGAUCCGUCAACUACACGCCAUACGAUGCUCACCUGCUUGUGACGUCAAUUAUUAGAUUUUUGGAUUACUUAAAAAGAGAUGCAGAAGUGGAAGAAAAUGUUAUGAGCACUGUGGAUAAUUUUUUAGGUAUUGACAAAUAUGUGUUGGCACAGAGUGAGGAAAAAAAUCAAUCAGCUUCCAGAAUAAUGAAUUUUAUUGGAGAUGCCGGCGAAAAGCUUGCUGAAAAUAUGCCUCACACCGUUAAUCGUAAAAAAUUCGCUCUUGGAGGAAUAAAGAUAAAACGAACAAACUUUAACAGUUUGACGAUAGACGCGCGUCACGUUGGAACGACAAAUAUCCUAGAUUUCCAUAGUAACGGAGAGUCAUUGGAUAACAAAACCCGGGAUGCUAUCAUUUUGCUCCCUCAUUCAAUCGCAAAUGCUCUACCAGCAAAUGUUCAAGAUUUAACUGUGGUUGCCGUCACUUUUGAAAACGACAACGUGUUCCAAGUCGACAGAAAUACACAAUCAGCGUUUUCAGGAUGGAAAGUGAAUACACAUAUAAUAUCCGCAGAGAUCCGUGGACAAAGGAUAAAUAAUCUAGAAACACCGAUCGUAAUAACGUUGAAUUCACCUAAAAGUAGAUUAUCAGGAUAUGAGAAAUCCUGUGUAUACUGGAACGUCACAAAAAGAGUGUGGACCGACAAGGGAUGCAAGUUGAAUCAUUCUAAUGACGUCGACAGCACAUACACGUGCACAUGUAACCAUCUCACCAAUUUUGCCUUACUGUUUAACGCAAAUCCGCCUAAAGAUGUCCAUAGGGAUGUUCUUACUGUAAUUACAUACAUUGGGCUUACCUUAUCUCUUCUUGGAGCACUUAUAACCUUUGUAACAUACGCUAUUUUUCCAAUGCUGCGUUCCUCCACUCCGCCGAAGAUUUUGAUGAACCUAUGCGCGUCAUUGAUUUUAAUGAUCGUUAUGUUCUUUGCUGGUCUUGAAAGAAACUCGUCACAAACUAAUUGCAAAGUUAUUGCAGGCUUCAUACAGUACUUCUUCUUGACUGUGUUUAGCUGGAGCGCAGUGGAAGGCUUUCAUUCAGCACGUGGACUGGUGUACCCUAUGAAGGUGGAGGUGACCCUGUUUAUACAGAAAGCGUUAGCCGUCGGUUGGGGUAUCCCGAUCAUUAUCACUGCAAUUGGUGCAUCUGUAUGGAAUUCUGAUUAUGGUCGCGAAGAGAGCUGUGUUGUGACUGGCAAGGCUUUCUUCGUGACUGUUUUGGUGCCAAUUGCUGCAGUUCUAUUGUUCAACCUUAUCGCCUUGAUUGCUAUUUCUAUGUCGGUGAAGUCAAGUUCGCAGAAGUACUCUACGAAUUCAUUAUCGGUGAAAGAUCGUUUUCGAAUCAUUGUAGCGUUCAUGGUCCUCUUUGGUCUCACAUGGUCGUUCGGCGUGUUAGUUAUAGUCUCGGAUACAGUAAUAUUUCAAUAUCUGUUCUGCAUUUUAAGUGGAUUACAAGGUUUGUAUAUCUUUUUAUUUUAUUGCGUGCGAAACAGAAAGAUCCGGAAGUUUUGGUACGGAUUAGUACGCGGAAGAAAUAUUCGAGAGAUGCAAAGAGAAUCGACACGUAAAAGGCAAAAACCCCGAGCAGGUACAGUUGAUUCUUACGCGUAUAAUAGUACGAGUGAAUCCAAAGAAUACAGACUUAGCAACUUCAAGACUUGAAUAAUGUGCAGAAACCCAUUGUGUGGAGAAGCACACAAAGAAACGAAGUAAAACAUUAUCAAAUUGCUAUCGAAGUAAAUUCAAGAAAAUAUUUCUGAAAUGGUUUCUCCUUAAAACCGCGUACUGAGAUGGACACACCAAGAAGAUAUAGCUACAUGAAUGCUCAACUUCUUUCUCAGUCACAGAAGAUAAUAAAAUAAUUCUCCGGGAGUUUUAUGGGAUUAAGAGUUUAUAAAUUAAGGAUAAAGAAAUUGUCAUAAAUAUGUAAAUUUGAAGCGUGUGACAAAAUAUGUAGUUAAAUAGUGGUUUAUGUCCUUAUAGAAGUUUGUAUAUUUUUAGAUUUAAACGUGGAAUUUUUUAGUUAUUUCUUUGAAUUAGGCUUUACUUUGGUUAGUAAUAAAAACUGUGCCCUAUAGGUAGCAUCUA